CACUUAUCCUAUAUAGGGAAGGUCCAUCGGGCCCAAGCCUUGCCGGAUGGUAGGAGCGACCUAUAAAUUGACCCGUUCCUCACAUCCUGCAGGGGCGCCUGAAUGGAAACUGGGCAAUCCGAAGCGAUGGGUUUGCUACCUAUGGAUGCGGGUUCCUUUGACGGGCGUGGUUUCCCAAUCCUGGCCCCGAACAGGAUGGGUUCUUGCCUUGAAAAUGGUUCUCAUUUUGUACGGACUAGCUCCUUCCCAUCCUUCCAGUAUUUGGCCCUAUUUUGGUAUGGCCUUUGCCCUAGCUAGUUUCUAGUGUCAUGGGGUUUGUGGAUAAGUAACUUUACUAUGUUCGAAUAAGUCUAUGGAGUGGGACUUAGCCUUGUGGACACACUGCCCACCAGUAAACCCUGCCUGAAGGACAGUUUUGGGGGAGAAAGAUAGAGAAACAGUACAUUGGCUGCACGCACGUUUAUAGCAAAGCUUAUCAAGUAUAUGCAAC